CGGACGGAAUAAUGUGAUUGGCCGAUUGGAGGGAUUUUAUUUGCACUAAAGGGGAGCAGCAUCAGUUAAACUAGCCACCUUUUCUCUCCCAAACUUUCUACAAAUAUCUCUACUCUUUCUCUCUCUUCUCUCCUAUCAAAAUUCAAGGAGAGCACAAUUCUCAAUUUCUGGGUUGCUAUGGCGGAAAUCUAAUCCAAGUUCAAAGCAGCAAGGAAGCGGAAGAUUUUGUCGAUUAAUAAUCCGCUCGUUGAUCUGUGUGAUAAGCUUUCGAUUUUCCCCUAAUUUUUGGUUGUUUAAUUUUGUCAAUUUGAUGAAAUUAGGGUUUCUCUGUUGUAUUAGAUUAUCGUUUAAUUUUCCCCCAAUUCAUGCUUCAAAUUUGUCGUAGUUUUUAUUUCUUUGAUUUUUUCGGUUGAUUGUAUCUUGUAUCCCUAUACUACACAUUAACAGAUUUCUCGUUCUUCGUUAUUUCGUAGUUUUUUUUCCUUAUUUUUUUAAUUUCCUGAGUUGUUGAUUAAAUUGAUGUGCAAAAGUUUAUUUUUUUGGGAAAUAAAAUAAAAGAAAAAAAACGGAAAGCAAAAAAGAAUUCUGGAAAUAAUUGGUGGAAAAAGAAAUCAAUUUUGUUGAUGGUAUUAAAAUUAUAGCCAAAAAAAAAAAAAACAAAGAACAGGAAAAGGAUACUUGUUAGUGAAAAAUAGGACGAAGGGUAUUAUCCUUUGACCUUGAAUUAAUGGCUAAUUUGGGCGUGAACAAUCAAAAUAAUGGGCAACGAUUGGGCAUAACUGAGCCAAUAUCGUUUGGUGGACCAACGGAAUAUGAUGUGAACAAGACCCACGAACUUGAAAAGUACUUGGAAAAUGUGGGUUUGUAUGAGCAGCAGGAGGAGGCAGUGAGAAGGGAAGAAGUGCUUGGAAGAUUGGACCAGAUUGUGAAGCACUGGGUGAAAACAGUUAGCCGAGCCAAGGGUUUGAAUGAACAAUUGGUGCAAGAAGCAAAUGCAAAGAUUUUCACGUUUGGGUCGUAUCGACUUGGGGUGCAUAGUCCUGGAGCUGAUAUAGAUACCCUAUGUGUUGGCCCUAGACACGCUACGCGAGAGGAAGAUUUCUUUGGAGAACUCCACAGGAUGCUUUCUGAGAUGCCAGAGGUUACAGAGUUGCACCCUGUGCCUGAUGCUUUUGUCCCGGUGAUGAGAUUUAAGUUCAAUGGGGUGUCCAUAGAUCUUCUUUAUGCAAAAUUGUCGCUUUGGGUGGUUCCUGAAGAUUUGGAUGUUUCCCAAGAUUCAAUUUUGCAAAAUGCUGACGAGCAGACUGUUCGCAGUCUUAAUGGUUGUAGAGUUACAGAUCAAAUUUUGCGCUUGGUGCCAAAUAUACAGAAUUUCCGCACCACACUUAGAUGCAUGCGAUUUUGGGCAAAACGUCGUGGUGUCUAUUCAAAUGUGGCUGGGUUUCUUGGCGGUAUUAAUUGGGCACUACUAGUCGCUCGUAUUUGUCAGUUGUAUCCCAACGCAUUGCCCAAUAUGUUAGUCUCUCGCUUCUUUAGGGUUUAUACUCAAUGGAGAUGGCCCAAUCCUGUCAUGCUCUGUGAUAUUGAAGAGGGAUCUCUUGGUCUGCAAGUUUGGGAUCCAAGGAGGAAUCCCAAGGAUAGAUACCAUUUGAUGCCUAUAAUAACUCCUGCAUAUCCAUGCAUGAAUUCUAGUUAUAAUGUCUCGGCCAGUACUCUGCGGAUUAUGACAGAAGAGUUCCAGAGGGGAUAUGAUAUUUGCGAGGCUAUGGAAUCUAACAAGGGUGACUGGGACUCACUUUUUAAGCCAUAUCCUUUCUUCGAGGCAUAUAGACACUAUCUGCAGAUAGACAUCAAUGCUGAAAAUGCUGAUGAUUAUCAGAAAUGGAAAGGUUGGGUUGAGUCUCGUCUUCGUACACUUACGCUAAAGAUUGAGAGGCACACAUACAAUAUGCUUCAGUGCCAUCCUCACCCAGGUGAAUUCACAGAUGAAUCCAAACCUUUUCAUAGCUCUUAUUUCAUGGGUUUGCAGCGUAAAAAAGAGGUUCCAGCUGGUGAAUGCGAAAAGUUUGAUAUAAGGAUGACCGUUGAUGAAUUUAAGCAAACUGUUAAUAUGUAUACUAUGUGGAAACCUGGAAUGGAAAUUCGGGUUAGCUAUGUAACGCGAAGAAAUAUACCAGCUUUUGUAUUUCCUGGGGGUAUUCGUCCUACAAGAUCUUCUAGAGAAAGUAAGCGAUCUCUUGAGAUGAAGUCUGGUUUAGAUAAGCUAGGUGAUGGGAAGAGGAGAAAAAAGGAGAAUGAUGAUACUGUGUCUGGUGUGGGAUUGCCCAGACUUUCAGCUUCUUUGCCUUCUAUAAGUGAAGGAGGUCAUGCAGGUAGUCCUAUCAGCACUGCAACUUCUUUAGUAAAAGUGGAUCAUCUAGAAAUGGAUGGAUCUAGUGAGGUGAAUACUGAGAGAACAGAUACAGAAAUGUUACAUCCUGCAAAUAAUGGUGAGCUUGAUAGAUCUGUCCAACAAAGUCCGCCUCUCAGUACUGCAUCAGUUCCUGCUGCGUCAUCCAACUCCAAUGAGGCAGAGAAGGUGGCUAUUGAAAAGAUGAUGUCAGGUCCAUACGGUGCUCAGCAAGAUCUAUCUGAGCUUGAUGAGCUAGAGCCAGAUGUAGAAAAUGCUCAUCAAGUUGAAUAUUCUGGAGAAGCUGCUAAGUUGUCACAGGAGACCUCGUCUGUUGUGGAAGCAGUGGAAAUUGGAAUAUCUGGUGCAACUGCUGCUCACUCCAGUUCAUUUGCUAAUGGGAGUUUGGAAGAGCUUGAGCCUGCUGAACUUACAAUGCCAGGACCUGUUCAAAUAACCGCUCCUGUACAAAAAAAGCCGUUUAUUAGGCUCAGCUUUACGUCCUUGGGUAAAGCUACAAGUCAUGGCUCAUGAAGGAGCGAGCUUUAGGUUAGUGCGUCCGGGUGGUUCAAAUCUUGGAAGCUUUCCUGUGGCCAUAAUAUCCCUUUAUCAGAAAUAUACGAUCUGUAUGAAGGGUUUACUUUGUAUAAAAUGUCAAUAAAUCUUAAAUAUAAUAACCGUGCCUUGUCAUCCAUGAGAUAGUAGAGCCAUAGGAGGUGCAUAGUAGUAUGCACUAUCAACAUCAACCGAGAUCAGUUUAUAAGGAUUUAAGAGGCACUUUUUUAAUCUGCUCGACUCUUGCCUAUCUUCGUUGCUUGUCAUGAAACUAAUGAGAAAAUGUGUAGUAUAAGCUCAACAACUGGAGGCAAUUUUGAGACUUGAAGAACAUCUGAGGGAACCCCGAAGGCGGCAUUUUAUAGACAUACUACAAGAAGUCUAAAAUCGAUUUUACCGAUUAAAUUUUAAGUUAUGACUUAUGUUUGUAGAUGUUUGAUUUCGGAAGUUAAUAAUAUAUGAUGCAGAUUAUUAAAUGUUGGGAGGUUAAUUUUGUCAACCCUUUUAUAUCUGAAGAGUAUUACCUAUACAUGUUAUGUCUGUACUCAGUUUUAUUUUUAUAUAGGCUCAUUUUGAAAUUUUCUUUGA